ACCGAGCUGACCCCGUUUGACCCUUGUAGUGCACGUUGUUGUUGUGACUGUGCAGUGCAUGCCAGACGUGCAUUCUCAUAAUUUCUCAGGUUCAACAACUGUCCUUGAACUUGACAACGUGUGUUUUAUUCCGUGCCAUAAACCAGCUUUUCGGCCAGCUUUUUCUCACGUAGUGUGAAGAGUUACAGCGUAGUUUGUGGCGUCACAAAUAUUAUAAAGGAGGUUUUGGUUACUAGUAGUAGACUGCAUGGCGCACCACGGUCACGGUCACAGUCACGGCUGUGGAGGCCACGGGCAUGGAGAGAUAGGUGUUCAGUACAACCUGUACUUGAAGAUAGACAAGGACAGGGUGGAGUGUCUGAAUGAAACAGUGGAGGGGUCGGGGAAAGAGGUCUUCAAACCCUGGAACGAACGACUGGACAAAAGUCAAUAUGUGGACAGUGAUGCAGAUGAGGAACUACUUUUCAACAUCCCGUUUACAGGACUGGUGAAGUUGAAAGGAGUGAUCAUAAUAGGAGGGGAAGACGAGGAACACCCUGAUCGUAUGAAACUGUAUAAGAACCGUGAACACAUGACGUUUGAUGACGUCCACGUGGAGGCAGACCAGGAGUUUGAGCUCCAGCCCGACCCGGCCGGGGUGGUGGAGUAUCACACCAAAGUGGUGAGAUUCUCCAGUGUUCACCACCUUUCUAUCUACUUCCCUGGGAACUUUGGAGCUGACAGCACCAGAGUGUACUACAUCGGCCUACGGGGAGAGUAUACAGAGAUGCAGAGACAAGAGGUGAUGAUAGUUAACUAUGAACUUGCGCCGAACCCUGCAGAUCACAAGACUGACGUGUUCGACCCUGCACAACACUCGGUAUAUUAGGUCAACAGAACCAACACUCAGAUUAUCAUGAAAGUUCAUCUGUGUUGGUAGUAAUCAUAGUAAAACAUUGAACUUCAUUCCAACACACAAUUUA